CGUCCUCAGUGUGCUCAAUGCAAGGGUCAGAAGUACGGGUUCACGGCUUACUUCCACAAUACAAAGAUCUUCCCCGAGCCACCACAUGAGCUCCUCCCUUGGGUUGAACGAUCCUACCUCCUGAAGAACCGCUUACAGAGCUUGCUGGUCACCUACAUCGUCCACGAAUUCGAUCCCACUUACCUCCACGACAUCGAGAUUGUGAUCAACAGCUUCCGCUUGCAAGUUGAAGCACUCGCUCAUGAGGUUGGCAGCUGGGGAAGUGGGUCUGAACGCGUGGUCAGUGCUGUCACCGAGGUUCAUCAGUGGAGCAAGGGCAUGGUGAAGCAGCUGUGGGAUCAUGUUGUUGGUAUUCAGAGGUUGCCGAUGCCGAAGGGCAGAGCGAAGGAGUUGGUGCUUGAAUUUAGGAAGGGUUGGGAGCGGGUUUGGAUCGAGGGCGCGGAGCACCGGCGA